AAAGGAAAAAGGAGCCUGGGCCCCAGAUGUGAACAGAAAUUGUGGCAUCUCAGAAGCCAGAUGUGAUCAGAAAAGUAUUCUGUAAUUUUUUUGUAUCUGGGAUGUGUGUCUCUUGUAUCUUUCUUCUGAAAUCUCCUGAGAAGAAAGGGAAUGGGGAUGGGGGAAAACAGUUUCUGCUGACUUGGGGACUAAGAUACCUUGGCAUCUUAACCUGAUGAAGUAGCUGCUGUUUACUUUCUGGGACUCAACUUUGUCCUCUGUGAUGGCCUGUUAUGUUUUAAGUCUUUCCAGAACUGUUUCCUUAAAGCCUGGAGAGAGGGGUUUCAGUAAGGAGAAAGGUGCCUCCAGUCUUCAGGGAGCCUUCAUCCUUGCCUCCAUCUUGACCUUCUUCCCAGAAUCUCCCCUACCCCUCCCAAGCUGGUCUCUGCUGUUGCCAAGGAUACCCCCCUGGUAACAUGUCUGUCCUGUUUGCCCCUGGCUCCCAGGAAGUCAAGUCAGCUGGCCCCAGGGACUAGGGAUGCUAAUCACAGGACACGGGCGGUGAGCACUCUCUCCCUUCCCCUUUUCUCUUGUGGCAGGACCCUCCCUUCCCCCCUCUUCCAUCCCCAGCCAGAAAGUGGCCCAGGCUGGCCGCCCUCAGGAGAGAGACCUCCCAGGCCUAAUCCAGGCCUGAGCCCAGCCUAGCCAUGACCAGCAUCCUGUCUGGCAAACUCUCGAAGAAGAAGAACGUGCAGACUUCGCCAAUGACCGAGGAAAUGGAGAAGUACUUUGGCUGCACCGUGUGGGAGUUGAGGAAGUUUAUGGAGUGUCGUUCCCACGAGGCUGUGCUUCACCUCCGACAACAGUUUAGAAGUGUGAUCCACCUCUGCAAGCUGCUGAAGACCUCUCCCGUGGAAGGACUAUCUGGGGACCCUGUCGAUCUGGAGAGACGCAGGCAGGUAUUUGGAAAAAACUUCAUCCCCCCUAAAAAGUCCAAGACCUUUUUGGAGUUGGUGUGGGAAGCUCUACAAGAUGUCACGCUCAUCAUCCUGGAGGUGGCAGCAAUUGUCUCCUUGGGUCUGUCCUUCUACCGACCUCCUGGUGAAGGAAACACAGAGUGUCAGCAAAACGCACCUGCUGUGACAGAAGAAGGGGAAGCAGAGACAGGAUGGAUCGAAGGGGCAGCUAUCUUAUUCUCUGUCGCCAUUGUGGUGCUGGUGACGGCCUUUAAUGACUGGAGCAAGGAGAAGCAGUUCCGGGGCCUACAGAGCCGUAUUGAGCAGGAACAAAAGUUUUCUAUUAUCCGCAAUGGCCAGAUCAUCCAGCUGCCAGUGAUAGAGAUCGUGGUGGGAGAUAUUGCCCAGAUCAAAUAUGGUGACCUGUUGCCUGCAGAUGGUGUCCUGAUCCAAGGAAACGAUCUGAAAAUUGAUGAGAGCUCCCUGACUGGAGAAUCUGACCUUGUCAAGAAGAGUUUAGAGACUGAUCCCUUGCUUCUUUCAGGGACCCAUGUGAUGGAGGGAUCUGGUCGGAUAGUAGUGACUGCGGUGGGUGAGCAUUCCCAAACUGGAAUCAUUUUCAGCCUUUUGGGAGCAUCAGAAAGUGAUGAACAGCAGGUAGUAAAAAAUGGUAAACAAGGAGCCCUUGAAAGUCGCAAAAAAGCUAAAACUGCAGAUGGUGUACCUCUAGAAAUCCAGCCCUUGAAGAUCCCAGAAGGGGUAGAGGAAGAAGAGAAGAAGAGGAGGAAGGGGCCCAAAGAAAAGUCAGUGCUACAAGGCAAACUGACACGCUUGGCUGUUCAGAUUGGGAAAGCGGGUCUUUUCAUGUCGAUUCUCACCGUUCUCGUCCUGGUACUGUCCUUUUUGAUCAAUACGUUUGCGCUGGAAGGUCAGAGCUGGACGGCAAAAUGUACUCCUGUCUACAUCCAGUACUUUGUCAAGUUCUUCAUCAUUGGGAUCACUGUGCUUGUAGUGGCGGUACCAGAAGGGUUGCCUUUGGCUGUCACCAUCUCACUGGCCUAUUCUGUCAAGAAAAUGAUGAAGGAUAAUAACCUUGUGCGUCAUCUGGAUGCCUGUGAGACUAUGGGGAAUGCAACGGCCAUUUGCUCAGACAAGACGGGCACACUGACCUUGAACCGUAUGACUGUGGUACAGGCUUUUAUAGGGGAUAUUUAUUACAAGACUAUCCCCAACCCAGAGGACAUUGCACCCAGUAUCCUGGAACUCAUUGUCAAUAACAUCUCCAUCAACAGCGCCUACACAUCCAAGAUCUUGCCACCAGAGAAGGAAGGAGGGCUUCCUCGGCAGGUGGGCAACAAGACAGAGUGUAGCUUACUGGGCUUUGUCCAAGACCUUAAACAAGACUACCAGGCAAUAAGGAAUGAGGUUCCAGAGGAGAAACUGUACAAAGUCUAUACCUUCAAUUCAUCACGCAAAUCAAUGAGCACAGUCAUCAAGAACCCAGAUGGGACUUUUCGAAUGUACAGCAAGGGGGCCUCAGAGAUGAUCCUGAAAAAGUGCUUCUGGAUCCUGGACAGGCAUGGGGUCUCACAGUCAUUCAAGCCCAAGGAGCGUGAAAGUAUGGCACGCCUUGUGAUUGAGAAGAUGGCCUGUGAAGGGCUUCGGACCAUCUGUCUCGCUUACCGGGACUUUAAAGUGGAGCCAAACUGGGAAAAAGAAAAUGACGUCCUCUCUCAACUGACUUGCAUUGCUGUGGUUGGCAUUGAAGAUCCUGUGCGCCCAGAAGUGCCUGAAGCCAUCCAUAAGUGUAAAAGGGCCGGCAUCACUGUUCGAAUGGUGACAGGAGACAACAUCAACACAGCCCGAGCUAUUGCCACCAAGUGUGGUAUCCUGUCUCCCCAUGAAAACUUCUUGUGCUUAGAGGGCAAAGAGUUCAACCGAAUGAUCCGGAAUGAGAAGGGCGAGGUGAUGCAAGAUCGGCUAGACAACAUAUGGCCCAAUCUUCGGGUGCUGGCUCGCUCGUCCCCUACCGACAAGCACACCCUUGUGAAAGGCAUCAUUGAUAGCACUGUGGGGGAACAUCGGCAGGUGGUGGCUGUUACUGGGGAUGGUACCAAUGAUGGGCCAGCCUUAAAGAAAGCAGACGUCGGCUUUGCCAUGGGCAUUGCCGGCACCGAUGUGGCAAAGGAAGCAUCAGACAUCAUUCUAACGGAUGACAACUUUACCAGCAUUGUCAAGGCAGUGAUGUGGGGUCGAAAUGUCUAUGAUAGCAUUUCCAAGUUUCUGCAGUUCCAGCUCACCGUCAAUGUGGUGGCUGUGAUUGUGGCCUUCACUGGGGCCUGUUUCACCCAGGAUUCCCCACUGAAAGCUGUGCAGAUGUUGUGGGUGAACCUGAUCAUGGAUACUUUUGCCUCCCUGGCCCUGGCUACUGAGCCACCCACAGAGGCAUUGCUAUUGAGACAUCCCUAUGGCCGUGAUAAGCCGCUGAUCUCCAGGACUAUGAUGAAAAAUAUCCUAGGCCAUGCAAUUUUUCAGCUGAUCAUCAUCUUUACUCUUCUCUUUAUUGGUGAAAAGUUAUUUGACAUCGACAGUGGAAGGAAAACACCCUUAAAUGCCCCACCCACCCAACACUAUACCAUUAUAUUCAAUACCUUCGUGCUAAUGCAGCUCUUCAAUGAAAUCAAUGCCCGAAAAAUCCAUGGUGAGAGGAAUGUCUUUGAAGGCAUAUUCCGUAACCCUAUCUUCUGUUCCGUGCUGACGGGCACAUUUAUCACCCAGAUCCUGAUAGUGGAGUGUGGGGGCACCCCCUUUAGCUGCACCCAUCUUUCCAUGAGCCAGUGGUUUUGGUGUCUUUUCAUUGGGAUUGGAGAGCUGGUCUGGGGCCAGGUAAUCAACACAGUGCCUACUGCAAAAUUGACUUUCUUGAAGGAAGCUGGACAUGCCACGACCCAUGAAGAAAUCACUCAAAAAAAUCUGGCAAUGGGUCUGGAGGAAAUUGACCAUGGAGAGAUGGAGCUGCGCCGUGGCCAGAUUCUCUGGUUCCGGGGCCUGAAUCGGAUCCAGACUCAGUGCAAAGUAUUAAAAGCAUUCCGUAGCUCCCUCUUUGAAGGCCUUGAAAAAUCUGAAACCCGAAGCUCUAUCCAUAACUUCAUGACCCAUCCCGAGUUCACCCUGGAAGAAGAUGAGCCAAGAACGCCACUCCUGGAUGGCAGCGAGGAGGAUGAAGGUAGCAAAGAGACUGGGACCGACAGAUUCCCCAAGGCCAGCGAGAGCAAAGAAUCCCCAUCCUUUCUAUCCGGUGAUGAAAACUACAAAGCUUUGGACUCUAGCCCAGUGCACAUCACAAUUUCUAACUCAGACAGCACUUUACACAGUCUGGAGACGACAUCAGUUUAACCUUGAGAACUCUGGCUUCCAUCCCUGCUUUCUCCAUAUUUCCUCCCUUCUCUGCCCCUUUCAUGAGAUAUCCAUGUGAUAAUGGGCCUUGUCGUCAUGUCAAGUGCUCCUGUGCGUGCACCAUCCAUGGACUCCCUCCAGCUAAUAGAGGAAAGAGCAGAAACAUCCAGGAACCCCCCAAUUUGACUUUGAAUUGGAUUUUUGGGGUCAGGGGCUUCAUAGUUGAUGCAAACAGUUCUGGGGUCUCCUCAUUUUGGGCUCUGUAAAUCAAUAGUGGUUUUUACUAGAAAUUUUUUUUAAGAAAGGCAACAGCCCCUGUUAGUCCUCAAAUGAUUUCCUUCUUUGUGGGCACAAAACACAGGAAAACCUCUUGACACCUAAGUGCUGUUGUGAGCUGUUAGCUAAAUAAGGAUGUAGAGGGAGAAAAGUAUCUCUAAAAGGAAAUAGAGGAUUGGGGUGGGAAGGGAGAGGAGAAUGGGAUUUGCAGAAUCAGCCUAUAGACAAUGAUCAUUUUUUAAAAGUCUUCCAUUUUAAAAAUUUCUACUUAAGUUCCUUAGCUCUUUCAGGCCUUCCUUACCUAUCUCUCCUGAGUUCUUUUUAGCCCUUUCCUCCUCUCUUCCCUUCCUCUUUUCUUAGUGGUAAUAAUUAAGAGAGCAGGGAAAACACUGAGUGAAUUGAGUGACCAAGUUUUAGUUUGGUUUGCCAAACCUCAGUUUGACUGAACUCCCUUCUGCCUCUGAAGCCAGGGGAGGCUUCAGUUAUGGUUUUUGAAACCGAUUUUAGUCCUGAAAGGACCGCUUGAACAGUAAAGUAAACCAAGAAAUUUGGGUGUGUUGUAUGUAAUGUGACUUCUCCUCCAAACUGCCAUGUGGUCAGAGAGAGGAAAGGCCAGUUUUUCAGUGUCAUGGAAGAAAGCCUUGACUUUGGAGGGGGGUCAUACAUUUGAAUGGUUGGUAGCAUCUCUUGAGGCCCAAGCAGCUGGAUGAGCUGGAUCUGAUCUUCCUCCAGCUGGUCAUGUUUUGAAGACCAGAAACUGGCAGAUCUUGGACAAGACAGGGUCUUAGAGUGGAGAGAAUAACAUUGGGUUUUCUAUCUACCAAUCCUUGGUACUUGGAUUCUGCCAAGGCUCUGCCAACUGGAGGUGUCAGGACAGGUAAGAGGGCCGUGUUUAAGGAGCUCUCGGGAAGGUGAGGAAGAUUGUUCAAGUCAGAGUCAGAAGGGGGGCCUUGCUUCACAGGGUUGAGAAGAUCAGGGCCUAAUUGCCCAAUUACAAGCGUUGAAUCCAUCUCCUCUGACUCAAUCUGUAUGCUCAAAGUCCUGGGCCCUCUGAGGGUGUCUAGCCUACCCCCCCCCAACUUAGCUUAAAAACUUAACUAGGUGCUCCAGUAAUAUUUGGCUAAUUAAGGCAGCAAGAGGAGCUCAUCCUCUCUCUCUCUUGGUUCUCCAGCUCUACCCACCAUGACUUUUUUCAGUGAUGAGCUAUAAUUGCUGGCCAGUAAAGCCCUGUGCCUUUCUCCCUACCACCACUCCUGCCCUCAACACUGCCCGAAGUCUCCCCUUCUGGCCUGGAAAUCAGAACUUGGGGACUUUGCUGAGAGACUUUUUUAUGCGUUCCUUAAAGGAUGAGAUGGAGCUGUGCUUUCUGAGAGCUCUAUUUUUGCCCUUUUGACAUUGACUGAUACUUUUCUGUAUAUAGGGUCAGACCUAUCACUCAUACUUGCCACUUUCCAUCUCUAUUGGAUGAUGGAAACCCCACCAAGAAAGAGGGAUGGAAGAAGGGAGGGAACCUUGAAGCUCUAAUAAACUGCCAAAUUGCCAAGAAUCCAAAUCACCAAAUGCUUUUCUAAUUGUGAGGAGAGGAUCUUCCUGUUCCAGCCCUUCCUCCAGAGCACCUCUCUGCCACUUUCCACUUGAGCUGUCUAACUUGGGAAAAAUAAGAAAAUAAAACAUUACUUGUGACCACAUCCCUCAACACUACAUAAUCCAUCAGCCAAAGAAAUAAAAGAAAUUUUGGUUUGGUUUUCAAAGGUCAUAUGCUUCAAUGAUCAUUUUUCUUAUAUUAAAUACUUGGGGGGGGGGGGAUGAAAGUAGAAAAAAGCUCAGCUCACCCAAGGUGAUAUUAGAAGCUCACAUCUAUGUGUGUGCAUAUUUAGGAGAAACUGAUAGUUAAAUCUUUAUUACCUCAGAUAUAUUUAAAAACAACUUUGGAGGCUACUUUUCCAUGUUUACUCCCUAAAGAGACCAAUAGGUGCCUGGCAGGGCAAUCAUGAGAGCCUUGUCUACUUUUUAAAAUCAAAGGAUUUUUGUGUUCUAGUUUCCAUAGAAGAGAGAGACUAAAUAUGCAAAAUUAGUUUUCUUUAGAUCAGAAACUCAUAUUUUUAAGUCAGCCAUAUGUAUUUUAUUUAAAAGGAUUAAAAAUAAAUUGCUGUCAUGUAGCCCAGCUAAAGAGUUCAUGCAAACUAGUUGUUGGAUGUGACAGUGACUUAGUAUGUCUUUGCUUCUCAAAGCCAAUAAACUGCUUCCUUUCUCCAAGUAGCCAUCUUUGUACUUAAGAAAAAAUUUAAAAAUUAAUUGGGUUAUGGAGAUGUUAUGUAAAUGAUAUAGCUGGUUGAGUAAGAAGUUUUAAGUGUUUAUGUGCAUACUUUUUUGCGUAAAAUUAUUUUCUAGUUUCAGUGAUACAACUGGCAACAGGUAACUAUGUCUUAAGUUAUUUAAGAAAAUUUCUUCUCCUUCCCCCCCCCAAAAAAAAUAAAACAGUGCUUUGGAUUUCAAAUGGAUAGCACAGGGUGGUAAGGGAUUCCUCUCUAGACAAGACAUAAUGGAUAAGGAGGGCAGUUAGUCUGCUAAUGGAAAGGGAAAACAUUUAGCAAGAAAUAGUUUGUCAAACAGAAGAUGGAAUUUUAUCCCCAUGUAGUCAGAUUUCCAUUUCCUCUCAAUUCUGGGUUUUCAGAAGUUAGGAGCCUCUUGUUGGCUUUUGUUUUCCUGAAAGCAACUGGCAGAUCGGAACCAAAAACACUAACCUCUCUUCUAGUCUACUGGGCUGAUCUCUCUUAAAAUUGGCAAUUUCUGCAAAAUUUUCACUUUUUGUAUACCUGGGUGUUUAAUAUUAAUACAUAGAACAUAGGGAGGAUUUUUUUUACAUGAGGAUCUGAAUGUUUCCCCCCAGAAAGAUUUCAUGCUGAAUGAGGAAGGAUUUAUCCCAAAUGGGAAAAACACAAGUCGAUUCUAGUCAUGGUUGGAAGUCUUGGGGAACUGUCUGAACAAAACUCCCCCGGUCCUCUGGACAAUGAUGGUUGAGGAGCUAUUCCCCUCUUCCUCACUUAGGAAUGGGAGAUUCACCUCAGAACCCCUUCGAGGGGAACCUGGUGGACUCCUUUUAAUUCAAUUAAUUCAGCCUUUUUCAGUUUUUUUACUUCUCCUCUCUUCCCCUUUCCCCUUUCCCCAAGCCCUGGAAAGGAAAGUUUAUAAGUAGAAUUUCAAACCACUAAAACUUAGAAAAGGCCUUAGGGAGUGGAGCUUACACAUGCCAUGAGUCCCUCUAGAUAAAUCUUGUUUCCUCUUUCCCUGUAAUUGAGCCAGUCAGUGGCAACAUUCAAGAAUAUCUUGAUCCCACCCCCACCCCCUACUAUUUCUUAUGGGUCAUCCUAUUGGAAAAAAAGAGGUUACCUGUAAACAUCCUUCAAUAAGUCCAAGCUUCUUUCCCUUUCAAUGGGCCAAAUCCUUUUACUUUUAACUUUUUCCCAUCCCUUUCUUAAUUUUGCCUUUGUCAGUCCUACCACAUCAUUUCCUGUUUUUAAUCCAAAAGGAAGAUAUACAAAGAUGAGUUCAGAUCACCCUCCCAUGACUAAAUUGGCCUUGUCAAACAUUUUCUAUAUCUAUACAUAUAUAUCCAUAUGUGUAUAAAUAUAUGUGUGUGCCAAUGAAUCUAACUCUUAGAUCUAUUGCAAGCAGUCCACAAAUAGGAGUUUUGAGUUUCUUUGGUUUCCCCAGUAACUCAUAGCAAGCACUGGUAUUUUUGUAUAAAAAGGAAAAAACAAAACAAAAGACUUAAGUAUUUGUGGUAUGCAUGACUUAAAAAGUAAAUGGUGGUUUUAAAGCAAUAUGUAUCCUGGCAUGUGUGGCGAUGCUCUGCAGUUCUGCUUAACUGUGUACCCAGUCUGUACCUGCAUUCUAACAAUAUUUAAGCUCUAUGUACCAUGUUUUGCAUGUAUUUAUAUGGGGUUUUUUUGGUGGGGGGAGAUAGAAUGAACUGUCAACACUUCUGGGAACAUUAAAACUUAAACGAGACAGUUGACUGAGAUGAGAAGACUAAAAGAGAUUUUUUAGAAGAAAAUAAAAAUGAUAAUUUUAUUUAAAUUUUGGGGGGAACCAAUAAUGCUUUCUGCUGUGGAGCAGAAACCAAUGCCGCUGUACACUGAAAAUAAAAACCCCAUGCCCACUUCUAA